UAGAAUCAUCGUCGGGCGUAUAUUAUCCGUUUUUUUCUUAGAAAAAAUGCUUCAUUUAGAGCGUAGGGCAGUGCUUAAUUAGGAUCAAACAUUCUCAGCUCAAUAGGACAACAUUUUUUCGACCGCUUUUUGGGGAGGCAGCGUUGUAGGACCAGCCAAACGAUAAAAUAUCAUCGUAUAUUACGCACUUUUUACGAAGAUGAAAACAGUUUGUUUUGGAUACUGGAAAGAUUUUUCGUAAAUCAUAAAAUAAGAUAACUAUAUAUUACUAACCUGCCAAUAUUAUAAAAGACAAAUACAAGCCCAAAAAAAAACAAGAAAAAAAAACAUAAUGUUGAACACAAAUAGAAAUAUAUUGUUUAAAGCCACCAUCCUAGCUUUGUGCGUUAUAUCACUAGUGCACGUAUUCCUGUUUCCGUUGUACGAAGUGGGGAGCGUCUCCCCCAGGACUUACGGGGACUUCGAACAGAGUUUGUGCAUGAACAACAUCAAGAAAAGAAAGGUUUGGAGACUGAGCAGGUGUCCGCAAGAUGGGAUUGUGACUAUAAUGCAAGGUGGACGCUUAGGAAAUCAGAUGUGGGAAUACGCAUCCGUUUGGGCUGUAUCCAGGCGUACCGGCUUGGAACCCUACGUUCCCAGGUGUAUCAAACUGAAAUUGGACCAAAUUUUCGAGCAACUCACCGUUCCCGCUUUUGAAGAAAUCGCGCAUUGUCCGGUCGAGAUUAAAACUUUCGUUAAGUCGCUAGAAGAUUGGACGUUCACCAAUCAGAGUAUUAUUUUGCCGCGCUACUCCCUGCAACCAGAGCUGGUGUUAAGUUGGGUCCAAGACAUAGUGCAAGAGUUCACGCUGCGCAAGAAACUUCGCGAGAAGAGCCAACAAGUGCUGAGAACUUUCGCGAAAAACCUGCCAAACAAACAAUACACGUUCGUGGGAGUUCACGUCAGAAGAACAGAUUAUAUCGGCUAUCUGAGAAGAAAACACAACAUAAACCCAGCGAACCAAUCUUUCUACUCAAACGCCAUGCGCCACUUCAAGCUGCGAUACCCCAACCCCCUGUUCAUCUUCGUCAGUGAUGACCCCACCUGGUGCCUGAAGCAUUUCGGUCACAAGGAAAACGUUUACAUCGCCUCGCAUAAGAACAAAAACACCCCCGCACUGGAUCUGGCAAUUCUGGCGGCCUGCAACCACACCAUCUACGACUACGGUACUUUCGGAGAGUGGGGGGCUAUUCUGGCUGGGGGCGAGGCUGUGUUCUACAACGUCACUCGUAGUAGUUCCAGGAAGAUAGGGGAGGUGAUGAAGAAUUGGUAUGCGAUGACCUAGUAAUGUUAUUUUGACCUUAUUUAGGUAGAUUAUCAAUAAUAUAGAUAGUUUGACAGUAGAGGGUAAUUCAAAUUUUAUCUUCACUUAAAUUAGGGCAAAGUUGUGCAUUAAUGUGCCAAUGAGCUUGAGGUCUAGCUAAAGUGCCUUGGAUUAUUUGCGCUCCAAAUGUGUUUAUUUUUUUUACUAAAUUAGUAUAAGAUUAUAUCGUCUUGAUUACUCUAACCAUAAAUAGAGUGAUAACUCCCUUGGGACAUUAUUAAAACAGGAAUUAUAAGAGGCCAUAAUUCCCUCUACGAAUAGAGAUACAUACAAUAGAGAUUUGGAGUAAUAAUAUAAAAUGAAAAUGAACACUCAUCUAACUACUUUACUAAUUUAUUUACAUCAUUAAUGUCACAUAUAAUAAACUUACAAGAGAAGUUUCAUCGACAACCUCUGCUACGAUAUUUUUCUUCUCAGCACAUUGAUGCACAACUUCUCCCGAAUUUAACAAUCCUGGUAUCUCCUAUAGCUUUCGAGAUCCUCACAAUGGAGGUUGAAUUUGAAUUACCCUGUAUUUGUGUGAAGGAAAAACUUAAAUACUACAACCACAUGGAAUCUUUUUAAAAAUCGAAUUACUAUACAGGCCCCCACAAACGUUCAAUUUUCACUUUGGAGAAAAUCGUAAAACUGCGAGUAUGUGUGACAGGCAAUAGAGCAGGUUAAACUGCGCCAACUGGCCUGCACAGUAAGCCUGCGCUGUAGAACAGCACGUCUGUGGAGGCUUUUAAACAUUUUAUUUUGGAUCGUGAUAUGAGAUAUGAAUAUUUCUUUAAUAACACAAUUCUCUGUUAUAAUUUAACAAAUCUUAUAUAAUACAGGGUGUGUAGAACAACUGUAGUUAGUGAAAAAAUUCAUUAAAUUUAUUAUAAACUUAUAAAAAUUAUAAUAUAUUUUCUUUAAAAUCUCUUAAUGACUAUUUUCAUAUUAGAACUAACAAAACUAGGUCAUGACGUUAAAAAUAAUAUAUAUACGAGGAAAGUUAUAUUUCUAUAUUAUUUAUUAAGAAAACCAACUUUCAUAACUAAAAAUUAAAUCUAAAAACAGUUUUCACAUAUUGUAGACGGCAAAAAAAUUAGGUAUCUAUAUAUUUUGAAAUGCAAAAGGCUGAAUAUCUAUCUCAUAAAACUAUAACUUAUUUUUUAUACCGGGUGAUUUAUUUUUUUCGCAGAAAAAAAACGUACACUUAAAAGUAGGUGUAAAGGUUAUUUUAAAAUACUAUUUUUAGUGUGCUUUAGGCAGAUCUCUAUGACAAAGUGUGUACACCUGACCAGCAUACAUCUAUUGUGACAUAAACUAGAAAAUUAUAUAAAAAAACAAUAUAACUUCUAUUAAACUUGCAAUAAUAAAUUAAUAUAAAUAAGUAUAAUAUGUAUUUUUAUACAUUUUUUCCAACAUUUUCAAGUUUAUUUUGAGUGUUUAUUAUUGCAAUAAUGAUAGAAAUAUGAUGUCCAUUAAUAGAGGAUAUGUCUCGUUAUGCACGUAAAAACAGGAAUAUACCAUUUGAUAAAAAAAAAACGGCGUUACAGCAACCUUUGAAAUAACGACCGAUGAUAAUUUCUGUAGAGCCCACCUCUGUAUGACAUAUCCUUCAUUAAAUGGCGCUACAUAGAUAUGUAUGGAUAUGUAAAAUAAGGCCACUGGGUACUAACUAGUUAUAUACUGAUAAGUCUAGAAAAUAUCAUUUCCUAAAAAAAUCGGAUUGGUAUUUUCUGUUUAUGAAUUUUUUGAAAAGAAGUGCCAAAAGAAAUAAUCGCAUAAUUCUGUUUACUAUAUCUCAUAAUUAUGUUAUAUUAUUAUAUUCGGUGCUAUAAUAUAUUUAAUUAUAUUUAGUAUUUAAAACAAGCCAAAUGUUAUGAUAUAUGUGCCAAACUUCAACGCUUAUAGUAUUUAUGAAAUCUGUGAUCUAUGCUUUGUUUGUGAUAGCUAUUUUCUUUUUGGAAUAAGCGCAAAUUCAUAUUAUUUAUAAAAAUAUGGGUACGUUCUUAGACGCUAGAUACAUGAUGGUAGACCAAACCCAGUCGUGUAUGUAUACCUUUAUGAAAAUUCAGUUUCCCUUAGAUAUGUUCAUUUGAACAAAAUCUGGAAUAAUUUAAAUAUAAAUCAACUUACAAAUUUCAAAUUUUGAAUUCAAUAAUAUACUGUAAUAUUUACUAUAGGAUCUAUCUUUAUUAUUUUUUUAUAGUUA